AUGGCAGCACCAACCACAACGCCUUCCACCAGACUCACACCGGCCUUUUGCUUCAACCAGACCGCUCUUCGAGACUUCCUCCGUAUAUCCCGCAGCGCCGUAGACGACACAAUCUCCCAAAACCUAAACGCCCUCCUAUCCCCCAGCGCCUCUGCUUUCGACCCAACAAGUACAUCCCGCAGCCUUCCCCGUUCAACCGGAAAACGCACAAUCCCCGCCCCAGCAUGCGAAUCCUUUAAGCAAAACGUCUUGUUCCCAUCCUGGCAGGCGAGAAGUGAUGUCCUAGCUUAUUGUGGCGGUGUUGCGACUUCUCCAGACCCUGAUGAUCCUGAUCAUAUACUGAGGGAGGUGGAAGAUGCAAAGGCGAGGGAAAGAGUGGUGAAUGAGAGGUUGGAUCCGUAUAGUGGGAGGUACUUUCCUAGGGAAGUGAGAACAGAGGCUUUGGCGUCUCUGGUGCGGAGUGAGUUGAUGGUGGAGAGUAUUGUCAGGAGUAGGACUUGGGGCAUGGUGAGGGAAAGAUGUUCUGAUGACGAGUAUGAUGGUGAAAAGGCACUCGACAAGUGGCGACAACAGCAAAGCACCACCACGACCACCAUCUCUGAUUUGCUUUGA